CCGCCGCCGCCCCGGGGCCGCGCAGUGUCGGUUUGUAGCUGCAGCAUGGCGGCCGUGCGGGCGGUGUGUGAGGUGCCGGCCGCUCAGCUCGGACCCGGCCUGUCAGACUAGGCCCCAACCGGACCGCGCGCAGCAUGGACGGCCUGAAACUGGACUUCCCGACCCUCCCCCCGGGCGGCCAGGACAGCGAGGACUGGAGUUACCCAAUGAGAAGGGAGAUGCAGGAAAUUUUACCAGGCUUGUAUCUGGGUCCAUAUUCAGCAGCAAUGAAAAGCAAGCUCUCAAUACUUCAGAAGUAUGGCAUAACGCACAUAAUCUGUAUCCGGCAGAAUAUUGAAGCCAAUUUUAUUAAACCAAACUUUCAGCAGUUAUUUCGCUAUUUAGUGCUGGAUAUAGCGGAUAAUCCCAUUGAGAAUAUUAUCCGUUUUUUCCCCAUGACAAAAGAAUUUAUAGAUGGAUGUUUACAAAAUGGAGGAAAGGUUCUCAUUCAUGGGAACGCAGGAAUUUCUCGAAGUGCCGCCUUGGUUAUUGCUUACAUUAUGGAAACGUUUGGAAUCAAAUACAGAGAGGCGUUCACAUACGUCCAAGAAAGACGGUUCUGUAUUAAUCCCAAUGCUGGAUUUGUCCAUCAACUUCAGGAAUAUGAAGCCAUCUAUCUAGCAAAACUAACCAUUAAAAUGAUGAGACCUCUUUCCCUACAAGCUGGUGCUAUAGGAGGCCUGAAGAGAACUUUGGACGAAGCCUAAUCCUCCGCGAACAUUAAAAUCACUUGGUUCUGUUCUGCCCAGGUGCUGCUAUUGGCCAAUUACUGGAGUUCUGAGAGCGUGGAAAGCACUGAUCAUUUUACUUCUUAAACAGCCGUUUUACCAAAACGCAAGAUUUUUUUGGUCCUGCGAAGAGGUAUUAUUGCAAUAACGCACUUUUCAUACUUGAAGUUUUUUGGGGGUUUUUUUUUUGUCCCUUUUAUUUGUAAACUUCUAAAUAACAAUGCAAAUGUUUGGGAGGGAGAGUUUGUAUAAAAAGUUAUGUUUAAUUUAUAAGAUGAGGCUUUAGUAUUGAAAUGUUUGCUAAGAUUUUGUUUUGUAAAUACAUUUUUAUAGGUUUAGAAGUUCUGACAUUUUUAACACACCUGAUUCUAUACAAAAAGCAUACUUGAUCAUCUGAGGAUUGUACACAUUUCUGCUAAGUUUCCCUACUAUAACGGAGUGCUUUUUAUUAGAAGAUUUAUAUUGUGGCUUUUGCCUGAAUACAGAUUUUUCUUGUUCCUUCAUAACCAAUUGUACUGAAGUUUUCCAAAUAAACACUGUAAAAAUUAA